AUGCGAAAUAAAAUGGGUAUAAACCAAAUGCCGAUAAACGCGGUGAUGAUGCCGGAGAUGGGGUUGAAGACCGGCAGCGGUGGAACGGCGGCGAAGGGCGGGGCAGCAGCGGCGUCGGUGAAGGAGAAAACGACGUUUGAGUUGAAACUUGAAGGGGGGUUUGAUAGUGGGUCGAAGAUAAAGAUUAUAAAGGAGGUGAGGAUGUUUACUGAUUUGGGGUUGAAGGAGGCUAAAAAGUUGGUGGAGAAAGCUCCUACUAUGUUGAAGAAAGGUGUCGCUAAAGAGGAAGCUGAGAAGAUUAUUGAGAAUAUGAAGGCUAUUGGGGCUAAAGUUGUUAUGGAAUGA